AUGAGCUCAGUAAUUUCUCCAGCCCGUAAUAAGCAUGCUACCUGCGCAAGUGCAGGUACUGUGCUGAUCUCCCUGUUUUGCUCACCGAUCUCGGCGCACGCGUUCGUGACGGCUCUCGACGUAGGUGCCUAUGCGUUUUGGUUCGUGCACGUGUGUACUCUCGUAUUAGGACCCUCCUCCCUUUCUGUUUGCUUUUUGACGUUCCUCCGAGGUCACGAGCUACACCUCCGUCAGCAUGCGUCCCCCCUACUCACAUUUAGAGAGUACACGAGUAUGGAUGUGGCUGGCUCGCUGGAGCAGGCGUGGGAUCCAUCCACGCCUGGUGCCGGCGCGCUCCGUGCCACUGCUAUCGCCCAGCUCUACUUCCGGAUGACCGCUCAUCACCCCCUGACGAUCUUGGUGGUGGACACGAUGUGCCUCGUCUUUGGGGCGGACGGCGUAACGGUGCAGGAGCUGGUGAACUACUUGGGGAUCACCGAGGAUCGGGUGCGGUUUGGUCUGGAGGGCAUUCCGGCGGGAAUGCGGUGCACUGCGCGGCAGCUGGAGUCGGAAGGGUCGUUUGUUGGAGCUGCGCCCGACGCAUUGGAGGAUGAGGAUGCGGUGCAACGCGACCGACGCACUGGCGACGGAGAGGGGGGCUCCAAGGAGACUCGAUACUACCUGAACUACAAGCAAAUGUUGCCCCUUGUGUACGCCCAUGUGACGCGUCUGCUGCUGUCUGCGUGCGUGACCGAUGUGCCGCCAUGUCGGUACGUGGAGUCUGUGAAGCAGGCGCAGCUGGCGGCGUACCAGAAAUUUGAUACAAGCAAUGCUUACGCCUUCUUUGCCUCCGGCCCCCCACCCCACGCAGAGGAAGCACAGGCGACCAGCGGCGGCGUCGGGCCGUCCGGCAGGGGCAUCGACGAUUACGUCGAUAUCUCAGAGGCAAUGCGGCGCCGAAACGCGAUUCGUGGUGUCCCCUGUCUCGGCUGUUCUUGCUACUUCCUUGUCGAGGAGUUUUGUGAAACCCUCACCCGCUGUCCGCGGUGCGGCAAGGACAUCCUGAGCCUCUGCCUUCACUUCAUCCAGACAAAGUUACAGGAACGUGUGAAGGAGAAGGAGACUCUGGUCACGCUGCUGCCACCGGUGAGGCAGAUGUGGAAGCGCUUCGUUGCACGUGAACAGUCACAGACGCCGAGUGCCGCACCGGUGUCUUCGUUAUUGACUGCCGAGACGCACAAGACAGCAGUGCACAACACCGCUGCGAGCACAGGUGCUUCCGCUGCUGCAGCUGUGCCACUUCUGAGGCUCCUGCUCGAUUGCACGCUGGCCCGCGACCCGUUUUUGUUUCAGCAAGCUGCUGCAUUCUUGUUGCUCUAUAGCGCGCGCUUUGCCUCUGUGAGCGACGCGGCGAGUGUAGUGGAUGUGCAGGAAAUACUCACCGAGCGCGAGUAUCAAGAUCGGCUUCGGAGCUGCGCGUCGCUAGCCGACCAGUUUCGCUCCCGCCACCGUCACGCCGCGUCGGUGCACGUGCGUCUCAUUUCUCAGCGAGAGAUUGACGCAGCGAGGCAGCAGGAAAGCCACCAGAAGCUGCUGAAGCGGGCAAUGCUGCCACCGUGGCUGCGACACACAGCCGCGCUCGAUGAACUCGGUGGCAGCCACAUUUACGCCAGCCCUAGCAGCGGUACCGCCUCGACGCAGGGGGCGGAGAUGGACGUGGCAAAGGAGCCUUGGGAAAUAGAGGGCUCACGAUUCGGAGAAAUUAGCAAAGGAUGCGUCUCCACCGGUGGAGCGGUCUGGACGGCAGCGAAUAGCCUAGCCGGCUGCUCGGUAGCUGCGACGUCUGCGCAGAAGCGUCAACGGGCCGCAACAGACACUGACGCGAAGGCAGCACUGACCCGAACCGCCUCCUUCAUCACGGCGCACUACUACAAUGACGAAUUUGAUGCGGUGGUCCUCCCUCAGUUGCGGCGUGUACGACGAACAAAGAAAGAGCCAUCCAUCGGAAACGAAAAACCGAGUCUUAUAUAA